AUGAAAAUCACAAAACGUGUGCCGCAUCCGCGCGCAUCCGAUUCUACUAAAAGUUGCAAGACGGGAGGCAAGAGCACCUCAUCUCUUUCCCUACUCAAAGCCAAGUCUCGAAUGGAGAUCGAUCUGCCUCCAGAGAUCAUCGAAAUGAUCGUUCUCCAACUGCCACUUUCAAAAGUCCUCGACAUCAUGCAGUUAUCCAAGUCCUGGAAAAACGCGAUCAAAGGGUCGAAGAUUUUGCAGCGCGCGCUGUUCCUGCUCCCAGCAGUCAAGAAGGGAGGACAAAAAUGUUCGGGGAAAGGCGAUGAACUCGAGAGUAUCGCCUGCCGCGACGACGAAGACCAAGAAGUCGUUGAAUGCUGGAGGGAAGGCGACGAGAAUGGACCCAUCAUCAGACCAGUCUUCAAUCCUCUCCUUCUAGACUUCUUCUUCUUCAGUCCUUCAGACAGUUUCGAAAUGACGGAAUUCUCCAAAAUCGGCGACUUUCGAAAUGGACGGCCUUUCAAAACAAACAUCAACGCGCUCCUUCAUGCGGGGGAUUCUUGGAGGAAUGUGUUGAUGCUGCAACCCAUGUGUAAAUCAAUUUUUAUACCACUGGUGGGGAAAACAGGACACCAACAAAAUCGAAUGGCGAGAAGGGAUGGUGGAGAACGAAAAUGGUGUCACGAUGGGUGA